CCUCCUCCUCCUCUUCCUCCUCUUCCUCCUCCUCUUUUCCCGGGACAGGGAUCGCGCCGCCCGGCUCACCCCUCGCCAUGGACUACCAGCGGAGCGCCGCCUGGGCUUGCCAGCAGGUGCAGGGCUACCGGAGGGACCCCGAGGGCUGGCGGAGCUGCAAGCGCACGAAUGAAGUUGCGGUUUCGUGGAGGCCCUCGACUGAAUUUAAUGGAAGGCUAUACAAAGGAGAAGGAAUUAUUCCUGCCAAAUUAGAGGAUGUGUAUAAAUUUAUUGUCCCCAAGGCUAAUGGACUGAGAGCAAAAUGGGAUGAAAAUGUGAAGGAACUGGAAGUCAUUGAACGAAUCGGUGAUAAUAUUCUCAUUGUUAGAACUACCACACCAUCCGCUUUCAUGAAAAUCAUCUCUCCGAGAGACUUUUUAGACGUGGUCCUGAUUCAACGAGAUGACGAUGGGAGCAUUACUAUUGCAGCAACCAACGCGGAGCAUCCCCGUUGCCCACCGCAACCAAAUUUUGUGAGAGGUCUCAAUUAUCCCUGUGGCUGCAUCUGCGUUCCUGUCCCACGGGAAGCCGGUAAAACUCAGCUGCUCAGUUUCUUUCAGAGUGAUCUCGGCGGCAAUCUCCCGCAGUCGGUGGUGGAAUCUUUCUUCCCAAGCAGCAUCCAGAAUUUUUUCAACAACCUGGCCAAAGCCGUGGUGAAACUGCCAGCCUAAGC